AUGCGUGUAAAUGCCAAUUGGUCUCGAAUCGCCAGUCUUGGCCUGCUAGGUGCCAGCCUGGUGCACUCUGCCGAGCUGAGCAAGCAAUCCAAGACACUCUUUGACCAGUCAAUGACGCUGAUGGACGAUAUCUAUGAUUCCGAUGCUGGUUAUUUGAAUUAUUUUUAUUAUCCCCUGGCUGCGGAUUCACACGAGACCCGAUCGAGCGUUUGGUAUUCCGUUGGACUGCUCCAACGUAACCAGGGCAGUGAUCGCGAUGAAGCAAUUAAGAUCAUCAAGAAUGUGAUUGGUGAUCAAGAGAAGAACCAGUCCGUGCUGUGGUACGGUGAUUAUACCAAGUAUCCCGAGCAGCCAACGGUUGCAAGUCCUGCAUAUGCCCCAGUGAUCUAUAACUCAUGGGAUCCCAACUGGCGAGGCUUCAUCGGCACCGCAUUAAUUCUCAUUUACGAGGAGUUCGGCAAUCUUUUACCCGCAGACGUGAAAGAUCUUGUCAUGGAGAGUCUCUACAACAACACCAUCGGCGAUAGCUAUCGCGUCGGCGGCGUCGAUGACGAUAACCUCUACCCAGCUUAUUCGAAUGCCUGGCUGAUGCGCACAGUGGCCACCUCCUGGACUGGCCACCAUCUGAAGAAUGCCAACAUGACAUCUGCGGGAGACACCGAUGCCCAGAAAUUCCUCGACCUCUUCGAUCGCAAUGGCACCUUGUCCGAAUUCAACGGUCCCACCUAUGCAGGUGUCUCGCUCUACGCGCUGACCAUUGCCGCGAAGUACCUUUCCUCGACUACAUCCGUUAUCGGACGUAAUGCCGAGCGAGUCAUCCAGGAAAUCUGGGGCUACGAAUCGCAACUCUGGAAUCCGAAUAUGAGAAACUUUGCCGGGCCCUGGGACCGAUCGUACGGUUACGAUAUGAAUAAAUACGUCGCUAUCAUGUCGAUCUGGAUUUGGUCCCUGGUCGGCAAAGAGCAUGUCUGGCAAUCCAAGUCUCCAAUUUGGACCAUGACUCACGCAGAUGACUUUGAGAUUGCGCCUAUCGUCGCUGUCUUGUCGAACUUCCAUAAGAAGCUUAUCCCGCAAUCUGCACUCAACAGAUUGACUGCUUUCUCUGGCGAGCAUACCUACCACGGACACACUUAUGCUCCACCGGCAGACUAUGAGCCGCGGAAUAUCACUACUUGGCUGUCAUCUAAUCUGACUAUCGGCACAGACUCGUUCAACCAGAGCAAUGUCGGUGGCUUUUCAAAGGACUCUUCUUCUUUCUCGCCCUCGGUCGUGCAGUGGAUUCGUCCCGGUGGCUCUAUCGGAUACUUUAAUCUGUAUCCGACCCAGACUGCCUUGCAGGCGGAGGUCAGCCCGUACGCUCUUAACCUGACUUAUCCUCUGGGUAACUCCACGAGCACUUUUACAUUCGUUCUGGCUGCCAACCCGCUGGGCUCGAAGCGGGAUAUUUCCGGAUUCAAAGAUGUCGAUGGUCUUCAGAUUGAGGUCGUUGGUGGAACGGUUAACCCAGUUCCUGAGAUUUCUUUCUGCGGACUUCUUGGUGGGACUUGCGAUAUUAUUCAUAACUUUGAGUUCUGGAAUGUCACUUUCUCGAUGGAUGAGAAUAGCUCUGAUAUCCCCAGUGUUCAGUUCAAGUUUACUCUCCCUUAG